AUUUUUCCCUUCUCACUCCUUUGAGGAACUUUUCGGAGAACACUCCAAGGGCUUUCUUUCACUCCAGUGAGGCCCAGAAACAAUAUUUCUUUUUUCACAACCCGCCCACUGUCACUUUGUAGCUCUAUAUAAGACAGCAAACGGACCGAUGAUAAGAACUUGGUCUCAGGACAAAUCAGGCCAUGGAGUGUAAAGUCCUCGUCUGCGCCGUGCUCCUGACCCUCGUAAAGCGUGUGUCUUCAGAGGACAUUCAGGCCAGCCUGAAUGCAAAUGCAUCCCUCCCCUGUAAUGUCUCCAUACCAGGAGACAAACUGGACGCGUCUCUGAUCAAAGUCAGCUGGACUAGAGAUGGCUCUGGAGUCGCCUCUUUUGGAGAAGCAGCUGCAGGAAUAAAGGAAGGCUUCAGCUGGAACAUGGCUGAUUUCAUCCAUGGAGACUUUUCCCUCACUGUCCUCAGAGCCAGUCUCAGUCUGCAGGGGGUGUAUGAGUGCAGCGUUAGCCUCAACGCCACAACUCUGCACACCAGUAAUUUGACUUUUACUGUCGUUGCUGCUCCUUCUCUGUCUGUGCCUCAGCGUUGGGUGGCGUUAGAAACAGAGAGCCAACUGGAAUGCUACGCUAGUGGCUUCCACCCUCCUCCCGUCUCUUUCACCUGGACCAGAGAUGGACUAGUCAUUCAGCCUCCCUACCAGGUGGAAGGUGAGAUGACUCCAGAUGGGUCCUACACCGCCAUGAGCAACCUGACUGUCUGGGCAUCUAGAGAGGACCAGAAUCUGACCUUUGGCUGCAGAGUGUCACAUGAAGGCAUCGAUCAAGAGCUGGAUUUCCAACUCAACAUCACACACCUUCCUACGGCCAGACUCUCUGUGGUACCAUCAUCCUCCAAAAGCAUCCCUCUCACCCUCUACUGUGACGUGGAGAGUUUUUACCCACAGAAAGUGUCUGUGUCUUGGUUUCAAAAUGGCACGUCACUCCCUGACCCUCCAGUGACUCAUCAGAACCCAGAUCGGACCUUCAGGACCAGGCGUUAUUUCACUCUGAGCUCAGAGGAAAGGCAGAAAGGAGGGAUGGUGGAGUGUGCUGUACACCAGCCUGGAGUUGUGAGUCCCAUCAGUGCUUCUGCAGAUCUGGACAAGGUGGAUCCUCAAGAUGAGACUCCCACCCUGACUAAAUCAGCAAAAGCAGCCGUGGCGAUGAUGUGUAUAUCCAUAGUCCUGGUAUUCCUGCUAUGUUUCGGCUUUUCCUGGAGGAGAAGAGAUGAGAAGCAAAAGUCCCUGAUCGUAUCCGGAGUCAUCCUCCCCCCACGGGUGACUGUCGGCCAGAAGGGGAGGGUGACGGUGAGCAUCGAAGGGAGGCGGGUGGAUCGGGUCCAGACUUUGUGGUUUCUAAAUGACACCCCCAUCUCUGACACCUCGCUCACAGGAGCUUCCAAAUCUUACUUUAACUGCCUCUACAACCCCUUAACCACCAUCCAUCUGCCCUUUGGUCUAACUCUCACCUCCCCAGCUUCAGAGAAAGGUCCUCUCCUGACCUCUAGGGGUGGCAUGGGAUACUACAAGCUGCACACUCAGGGUCCACUGCAUUCAUCUGGGACGGGAACCCAACAGCUGAUCUCGGCGCUCACCUUCAUCCCCCAGAUUUCCCUCCACAAAGGAGCCGUGUUUAAGUGUCAGGUGUCCUACAUCGGGAAGGACACGUUUGUGGAGGAAAGGGUUUCGGAGAAGUUCACGAUUCUGUCUCCUCCUGAGGUGUCAGAGAUACAGCUGGCAGAGACGGAAAAUGACCCAGAAGUGAUCAGCAUGACGGUCCGAGCGUCCCAUUUCCACCCAGAUGUCAUCACCUUCCGCUGGUUCUGUCAGGGUGGUGAGCUCAGCCCCGUGGCCUCCCAGGCCUCAUCCUCACCUCGACCCGAUUUCGAAGGAUUCUUUUCCGCUUUCAGCCAGUGCAAACUUCCCCGGAGCGAACUGGAAAAGGGAGCUGCAAAGGUGUGGGUCAGCGUCCACCACAUUGCCCUGAAGCAGCCGGUAACUCGUGAGACCAGAGGAUUCAUCAAACGGCCCCGUGUAUCUGAAGUGGUCGACGCCACCAACUCCUCAGAUCAGAGCCUAACUCUGGGAUGUGAAAUCACUGAUUUCUACCCCCCCAACAUCUCAGUCACCUGGCUGAAGCUGAGAGACGGAGAGGCGGAUGACAGGGAAGAGGAGGUGAUGGAAGGAGAGCUGUGGGGUCCGGUGCAAACACAUCCCAAACUCUUCAGGGCCACGGCCACGCUGAAGAGAAACACAGCCCACCAGGGGAAAACAGCCAGAAGAGGAGGCAUGAUCUGCAGAGUCCAGCACUCGUCUUUACAUGAGCCAAUAGAGAGAGAAUGGAGAAAUGGAGACACUGCUGCUCCCUCCAUCCCUCCAUUGGUUUCUGUUUGUUGGAGCAGUGAAGGCGUUGGCGUGUUCUCUCUCUUGUUGAAGGGAGGUCACCCUAAAGCCAAACUCCUCUGGACAGCUGGGGGACCUACUUUCUCUCCGUUGGUGUCCAGUGAGACAGAGGAGAUAGGAGACGAUGGGCAGAGGGAGCUGAGAAGUGUGUGUGCCCUGGAGAGGUCCGCCGUGCCACCAAAUCCCACAAACAAGCAGCAGGAAAGACGGAAGAACAAACGGGCAAUAAAAACAAAAGCUGCAGUCACAGACCCUUAUGCUGAAGGGAUAGAGUACAUCGACGAAAAGGUGGAUGGAGAGAAUAACAUCAGCAGAGAUGAGGACACAUCAUCUGAGUCAGAGGACGAAGAUGAGGAGGAAAGCGACAAGGAAAGAGAGGACAACCCAGGAGCCCUUCACAUCAACAGAGUCGAUCUGAGGACAGGUCCUGGAGAGAAUGAGAAAGAGAAACUGAGAGUGUGUGUAGAGAUCACACACCCGGCCCUCAAGCUUCCUGCGUAUCGAAUGUGGACAGCUUGCAGAUCCAUUUCAAAUAGCUAACAAACUGUGGGGACAACAGUCCUCAGAAACUGCCAUCUGGACUUCUCACAGCUGAAGCAAUGGAGUAACCAGGUCUUGUCUACGUUUUGCGGGCUGAAGGAUCACCGUGACACCGCUGGUCUUUGGAGAUGUAGGGAUGGUCCGAUAAUUCUGAAGAGGAAAGUAAACAGAAACACAAAACAAACGGAGGCUGCCCGAUCCAACUACCCAAUACAUUUUGUGUAAUGACUAUAACAGGACUGUUACCGCAGGUCAAACAGAACUACACACCACACCGGUGUUGUCAUUCUCACACAUGUUUAUGUCUGAUGAUCAGCAGCACAGUUCUCCUCUCUGAUGCUGCUGCCUCUGAGCCGAUGAUAUUCCCCUGGCUCCUCGACCCCCGCAGCCGCACACAAUUAUAUAAAAAGAAUAUAAGUCAUUAGAUGGCUAUUGCUUGUUUGUUUCUGGACAUGUGGGGCAGAUAUUUCAUUCUGUCACGAGACGUUGUCUGCCACGAUGUGGGUGGUUUAUUCACCAGAAUUCUUUACAUGACCGUUAACCCUUGUAAGGACUAACGUCUAUAUUUAAACACUUCCUCUCACAUCAUAAAUGGUGUCUGUGUUUCUUUUCACAGACUUUUAGAAUUACGGGAUUUCACCCAGCCAAUCAAAAGAGAUCAAGAUAGUCACAGUUCAUUCCAUGGCACCAUUCCACCAAUUAGAGUGGGACUAUGAUGCACCAAAUACUGGUGUGUCUGCAGAGCCCGAAAACUGCUGGGUCGUAUCUUGUGUUUACGGUCAGAUCUCUAAAACUAACAAUGCUAGGUUUAUGAAGCUUUCACAUCACAACGUUGACAAGUUGUUAAUUAUAGCAUAAAAGUCAAAUUACCAUAUUUGACCAUAAGUGUUGAACAAGUAAAAUAAAUUAUGUACGUUUUCAGGUAAAAUAUAUUGUUUUUAGACAGAAUCUACAUAAUCAUGGUUACAGUGAGAAAAAAUAUCAUUUUUAAGAUAUUGUAGAGUUUUAAACUAAUAUUUCCUUGCAUUAUGACCAAUAAGAUGUGAUAUUCCAUACAAAUAUGAAAUAUUAAUCUGAUUGAUCUUUGAAUGUUUAAUCAGAGGAUUCUAGGGUUCUUUGCUUAUUCAGGGACCAUAAACACACUUCGUAUUAAUUCAGACAGAGUCAGUAUAUAGUAUAUAAAAUGAAUUUAAUUAUUUUCCUAAACUAACAAUUUAUACAUGACAAGAUAUGAAAAAGUAGAUGUGAUGUGGUGGAUGUGAGAUGUUGUGAUGGAAGCUUGAUGUUGUAGCAACCGUUCUUUGUAUCUGAGAGAAAUUGUGAAAUCUGGGUGUAAAAGAAUUUGUUGUUUGUUUUAAACUAGAGAGUUAGUUAUUGAUGAAAACCUCAUCAGACACCAGUAUGCAGGCUUAUGGUGCCCUGGUAUGAGUUGCUCCCGGAGGUCUGGAGGGUUCCGGUCAGAGUGGUGAGGUCACCGGAUGUCGAAACCACAAAACUCAGAGAUUAGUAGCUUCCUCUGAGUUCAGUUUCCCCGGUCAUGAGAUGCAACCCGGGGUCUGCGGGUUAGGUGUCCAAGGUGGAUGUCUGAGUUUAAGUAGCUCUGAAAAGAGCUGUUGUGUCUGUAAUCAUUUGCAGCGUCGCAGAAAGGUUUUGCCUUAAGGUCGAAAGAGUUUGUUUCAAAAGAGGCUUCUUUCCCGGUUUGGCCCAAUUGAGGGUCAACUGGAAACUGAAUUACUCGGGAAGUAAUUCUUGUUUUAUUAAACUACUUUUUCAUGAUUUCUGGCCAAGUCUGGCAAAUCAGAAUUUGACACGUUUCUGAGUAUUUACCAACAUCCCUCAGAAAGCCACGCCCUCCUUCAGAUACAAAGAUAUUUUAACCUUAAUAUGUAUCUUAUUGCAAUUUGUAUGAGAGUAAACAAUGAUUAGUUAAAUCAAACACAUACUGAUUUGUGAUAUAAAUGGAUCAUUGUAAGAAAAAUAUUCAUUUUAAAUUCAUUGAUUUAAGCACAGAUUAUUCAAACAUUUCAUUUAAACAUCUUGUUCAUUAAUCACAUGUGAUUAUUUAAAUU